AUGGCUCAUGGCAAAAUUCUCUCGGUUAAUCCCCUCUAUGGGCCUUAUUUGACGGAAUAUUGGUGGCAAUAUUUCAUGAUUGCUGUUAUAGCAGCAUGCGUCGCAAUUGGACUUUCGCACAUUGCUUGGUCGAUCACGCUGAAGAGUAUCAAAUGGUACAAGUCGCGCCCGACGCCGGACAUAAUUCCCCCCGAUGUCGCACAACGACUUCAACAACUGGCAAACCGAGAGCUGAACAUAUCUCGCACUUCAGCCGCCGGGAAGAAACCUGCGUCUUUCGGAGUAUACUUGGGGAGCUUCAGCCAACCGUUGACGGCGGCGGAGGAAAAGCUGCUGAAUCAGUGGGAUGUGGUCAUCGUGGAUCCAUUCGAAAAAGGCGUCCAAAGCGCGACUCUGAGCUCCAAGGACAGCCAAGUACUCGGUCGGAUCGACAUUGCCAAGAUCCAUGCUCCCGCGCAACCGGUUAUGACCGUAGUCAAGAAAAUCGAGGAGGCACUCGAGGGAUGUUUCAGAAACAGCGGUUUCUCUGGCGUCGUCUUCGCCAAUUGGGAAGAGAAAUUGACCCCGGCCUUCUACGCGAAGCUCUUCGAGACCAUUCGUGAGCUUGGACUGAACGUCUAUCUGGAAACGCAAGCGCCCAAGUUUUUGAAGAACCGCAAGGCAUUGCAAAAUGAGGACGUUUCUGGUCUGGUCAUUCGUAACGCCAGUAUCAUGCCAACCGGAGAAAAGCGCGACUACUUCCAGCUGGAACAGCUGCAGCCAACGAUCAAGGCAUUCGUUUCGGAGGCCUGCAUGAGGGAUUUCGUGGUGCUUGCCUGGGAGACUGUCGACAAUGAUGUAUCCUUGUCUAAUGCUAUCGUGAGAAGAUCGAUUCUCUGGUGUGGAUUUUACAGUGCUAUCUCCUGGAUCGGUCGCGAGGCAUCUCUCUACGACUCUAAAUUGAACAUCCCGACCACGGAGCCUCUUCCAGCUUUCAGUUGGUUGAAGGAAGCAGACGUGAUGAAGGUUCAUGAGAAAUGGCGAGCUAAUCGUGAUAUCGCAUCUUCCCCUCGGAAGGAUACGGGAUGGGAUGCACUUCGACCCCUUCUGCCAGCUCUUGACAAGUUCCUUGACUCUGAGCAAACCUCAAACCAAUCCGUCAAAAGUCCUUCCCUCCGCCUCAGAGAACCCCCGGAGUGGGUGGCACAGAUCAAGUCAUCGGGGCAUCCUCUCUCAGUCUCAAUGUCAGGACAACAAUACGUGAACAUGGGCUGCUUCCCCUUGGGAUCCGACCCUACUCCGUUGGCUUUUGCGGAAAUUCUUCAAUCUCAGCAACGCCUGAAAGGACUGGAACUUCUUCAUCCCGUACCCGCCACAAAGAUCCAGAGCAUUGGUCUGCUGAUGCGUAAUUUCCACGAGCAUCUAGCCCGUUCAUGCCAAGAUGCGCCUCUUCUGGCUGCUAUCCAGAACCUGUCGGAGAUGGCGGCCGAGGGCUCAUUGAAGGUGAAUCUGGCGCUAGAUUCCGGACUUAAAAAGACCUCCGACACCCGAUUCUGGGCAGUCUUUGAGCAAGACGAGGACAGGUUUGAAGUUUUUGUUUCCAAAAACGCCCAUGGUCUCGCGGGGACCGUCCUGCAUACUUUCCUUUCUGGCAAAGGAUUCUCUCGCCAUGUCAGUUGCGAAACAGAGGUGGCGUUGGCACGGUGGUCAGAGGAUUUCGCUCCGUCAACGCAACUUCCGCGCCGAUUUGUGCAGGAUAUCGAUGGGCUGAGUCCAGAGGAGCGACUUCUUCUUCUGCAGCACCUGUCGCUCACCGAUGCUCACAGCGAAGUUACUGAAACCAUUUGUGCCUAUAUCCAGCAACAACUCGUGGACGCUCCGUCUCUCGCCCAGCUAAGGGAGCUCAACUCUGUGGGCUACCUGGAGGGCUCUGCGAGCGCUGAAGAAUUGAUCGAAGAUCGCCUGUCUUGGUAUGAAGAGCAAGGCUGCGCGCGUCCGUCUUUCUCCACCUCUCUCGAUCUUUUCCACCAGGUCGAUGCCGUCUUCACUGAGAUGCACAAGUAUCACCGCGAAGAUGAGCUCAGUGCCAUCACGACUGGAUUCUGCAACCUGGUCCAGAGCGGUGACUUUGACGCCUUUUUGGAUAUGCUGGCCCUCGCCCUGUUCUGCACAGCCAGAAAGAAUGCUUUCGAUGAGAUCUACGCGGAAGUCACCGACCGAAAUCCUCUAUUCAACCAGCAUUCUGACCAGGCUGCCGCUUUUGCUGAAUCCUUCGCGCUGGGCUCCCGAUGUGAGGCUUAUUUCGGCGUCAAUCCGAGUGUUUUCGGCAAGUUGUUGUCCGAUCGUUUCCGCGCAUACUAUUCCAAGAAUCAACCGCCUAGCUGGAUCAAUGGGGCUCCAGAGUUAGCCACAUCCUAUGCUGGUGCUCAGAUUGAUGUGAACCCAGAGGAUAAGGCCAAGACCAUGCCAUCCUAUCAAAGAUUCACCUUCCUCAGUGUCUUUGCGAUUCCUUCUCUGAUUGAUAUCAUCCUACUUACACUCAUCGGCCGCGGACUAUACCUCUCAGCCUACAUGACGCAUGCCGAGCAGGAUAGUGCGACAAUGGGCUUGAUGAUUUCUCUGCUCUUCUCUGGUGCGAUCGGAACGAUGAUUGCUUGCGGUGGACCGUACUAUCUCAUCUCCAUGGCCUUUGCUGCCGCCAACAUGUUUGUCUUGAUUCGCUUGAUUGCGGGUAUCGCGUUCACAGUGGCUGGUGGCUUGAUUGGAUUCAUCGCCAUCUCUGGUGUCAGGGGUGCACGCGCAGGUAUCGUUUUUUAUCUCUACCUGGUCGGGUUCACCCUCUACUUCUCCAUCUUUGCUGCGCUCGCGAGUUUCAGUUAUCCCGGCUCGUCAUUUCUGUCCGGUCGCAAACCCAUUAUUUACUGCAUUCCGGUCCUAUUCUUGUCUCCGAUCAUUACGACGUUCACUGGCAGCGACUCCGCUGUCUACCUCGCCGUCAUCUACGUCUUCAAUGGGCUGCUACUUCUCAGCUUGCGCUCAACACUUUCCAAGUGGGUGACAUGGUACCAGUCCAUCAGACGUACCGACGACACGGAAGUUCGCAAAUGGUACAUCUCCGUCCACGGCAAUAACAACGAGAAGGUUUUCGGCACCAUGAGCGAACCUGCUGCUCUCAAAUUGGCGCGGGACGCUCUUUUGAACGAUAUAAUGGCCGAGAAGAAUCGCCGGAUGUUCACAAAGCCGACUACUGACCAGCUGGUCAAGGAGCUCGUUCGGGAUUGGGAGUCUACAAACUUUCUUUUGGAUUGGUAUUGUCGCUAUGCAGACGUCCCACGACCCAUUCCGUUCAGUUCCGGUUGGAACAUCCAGACAAAGGUCGCCCUCGACGUGCUCCGCAACUCACAAAAAGGUCUUCGUCUUCAUAAUGCCUUUGUGCAUUGGCGUCAAUCGAGCAAGGAAAUCGGUUGCGGUAUCCUUUACUUCCUCAUCGCUCUGCUCGACAAGUGGAUUCAACUUCUCAGCGGUGAUCGCAUUCUCGGACUGACUGCUUCUGUGAAUGAUGCUAAUCGCAUGGCUGUUGGAUUCGCUCUAGCCUACUACCUUGUUGGUGCCGUGCUGAUUGACGUGAAAGCCCAAGAGCUUCACGCGGCAAUCGGCGGUGACAAACCCACUGCCGUCAAGUCUGCAAAGGAAAUCCGAGCCAUCCAAAAGAAGAGCAUCGCGUUCCGCCGGAAGGUUUACUGGAAGACUCUGUACCGGUAUCUGCUGUGGCAUGUGUGGAGUCUUGCCUUCUCUACAACACUUGUCUGGGUGUUCCAGUAUCGUCUGGAAGCCAUGGGCAUCUUCUUCUCCUACGUUUUCGCAUAUAGCGGCCUCAUUUGGUUCCAGUAUACCAAAAUUUUCACUGGGCCUCAUGCUCUAAAGCCGCUCCUUGUUGGUAUCUGUGUUGGCUUGCCGCUAGGAAUUGCACUUAAGGUUGCUUUCCCUACUUCACUGUACUCACAGAUUAUCGGUCUUGGGGUCGCUACUUGGAUCAUUGCCAUUCUUACCUUCUUGAAUGCCAAAAUGGGGAUGCCAAAGAAGGUAGAUUCGCCUGUCGAGCUGGGUAAAACAUUCCAUGCUUUUACUACGCCUUGGGCGGACCCAGAAUGGUCCCAGCAAGAGCUUCAGAGCUAUUUCGAGAAUGUGUCGCUCCUUCCGGCCGAUUCGCGCUUCAGAGUGGAUCCCAAUGCCCAUCCCGGCGUCGAGAUCAAGAAUGUCCUUCUGAACCGCAAGAAAGAGCUCCGAGUCGAGGAGGCGUUCCCCAACUCGGACGGCAUCAUUGAUCAGGCUCUCGCGUCAUGGGAGAACGGCGAUAUCAGUCUAGAACUUGUGGCGCAUGGCUCCAUGGGACCUGGUAUCCGCGCUUUGAGCUGCAGUACCGGCGAUCAUCUCAAGAUAGCAAUCAGCGUGCGAGGACUUCACGAUGAGCGACUCGAUGUCAGCGCCAACUGUCAAAUUAUUGCGGAAACUCUGGUUCACUCUGUCGCUGAGAUGAUUAUGGGUAUUCCUCACGAAUACGCAGGCUUGGCCGAAGUGAUCAUUUCAGGGGGUGUCACUCAUACAGUGUCUCGAAUGUUACGUGAAGAGGCAAACACCACUUCUGUCAUGACGUGGGCGAAGAAGGAGCUCCUUCGGCAGCUAUGUCUUGGCUUUGAACCAGACAUUCACUGGGACAAACUACCUGCGGAAGUCCGAAAGGCGUUGCUGAAUCGCUGUGUGGGAAGACCAUGCGGUCUGCAGGACAGCGAACAUCAAUGGCUACAGAAGAGUCUCUGCCAAUUCGACACCGAAUAUCUGGACGUUCAUGUGGCGAGAUGUAACCUUGGCGCAGCGAUGGCAGUCAGCAUCCUCGAGUACACACACCACGGCACUGGAGAAUCAGCAAUCCCUGCGGAGCCCCAGACAGCAGAAUUUAUCUCUUAUGUUCCUCGAAAACUGCCGUUGCCCUUAACCUUGCUCAGAUCACCAGCCAGCUAUCUCUACCACAAUUUAGGAACACUGGUGAAAUUUGCCAUGGUUGCCAUGAUCGCCGAUCCUGAGUUUCAGAGAGAAUUUGACCACGUCACGAAGACACUCCCGACGGUUGUCCGUGUGCCUGUUAAUUUCCUCUUCAAUUUGGUAUGGGUUUAUGGCAAGAUUACGCAAGAUAUCGGUCUGUCUUUCUUCUUGUUCCAUGGCCGAAAGAAUGUCAAGCAGCUGUGGGACGAGACAAAGGGAAUGACCAUCCACCUCAAGAAGACCAGGGUUAUCAUUCGUGGACUCGAUGGCACUUUCACGGCCUUCAGACACCAAGAGACAGAUGGAGGCUUUAAAGUGUAUCAAUAUUCUGGUGAACAUAAGACCGAGCCCAAGGACAAGGAGGCCAGGACGCUCAAAUACGUCAGCAGCUACACGAGCGAGAUGCUGCUUCUCAUCAAACAAGAGUUCAAGGACGGCAAACUGGUCAAUGAAUACCACUACGAUUACCAAGCUCCGCUCAAGAAGGGUCUCAAGCUCGGCACAUCUACCAAGUCGAGAAUGCCUCUGGGUCGACGUUGUGUCCAAGGCGAGAACCACUUGCAGAGUAUUCAAUACAAUUCCAAGGGUCUCGUCGAGAAGGGUUCUUACAUGAAGGAUGGAAAUUUGAUCCGGUUCCAAUAUCACUAUCGAAAGAACCCACGCUUUGGUGACGAGCUUCUCCGAGCCGAGUUCUCAUUGUCUCAUAUUACUUGCAAUGUUGCCUGGUGCGCCCCUCCUCGUCGCAAUCGCAACAAGGAGCACCGUUGGAUUCCGCAUACCAAGGUCACAGAAGCCACUUUUGUCCAGCAGGCAAGUGGCGACGUUUAUGAAAGUCGCUGGCUCUACGAUCACAAGUUCCACCCGACAAUCUUUACCACUGUUAAUGGUAUGAAGGUCCAGACACCGCCCAUGAUCGAGAACGAUUACCUGGGCGUGCUUGCCAAACCCACAUAUACCAGUUUUGCCAGCGACAACCCAUUCUUCUACGUUGAUAGUCUGCGUUCCAAUGUCUUGACCAGAGCUCUGGGAUGGAACAAGAAGCGAUUUGCUGUUUCUACGUCUCGGUCUCGUUCACUAAUGUGGAAGGCUUGGAAAGAUCGCAAUGACUUGGACGGAAUUAUCGUUCGCUGGAUGGAUGACCGCAUUCUUCGCAAGGAUGAAGUUCUCCGACCGUAUUGGAGAAGCCGUGACUGGGGAAAUCUUCGAGCCGCGAGAAAGUACAUGGAGCUUCGUGCUGACGCAGUCAUGGCAAGUGCGGAUCUGGACAACAACAUCUCCAGCUGGACGCCCCUUGCUGUCAAGAUCAGUGACUUCUUCAACUUUGGCCCUGGAGGUGAUGCAGUCGUGACCACGCGUUCGCGGGAAAUCAGCUCAGACACCGAAGAUACUCUUCAUGUCAUGGCUGCAGACAACGGUACCUGGCCUAACGAGGGUGGUGGUGUCUCUGCCUGUCGACGAGACAUGAUCAACUCUCUUCGCACAAUCAAAUGGCACAUGAUCUGUGAGUCUGCAAACGACUUUGGUGUUCCGAAGCAUCAGACCGAGAAAAACGUGCAGUCACUCAAGGUCAUUCCCUUGUGGGGAUUGGACUUCAUGACGCCGACCCACGGCCUGUUCAGCAACAAGCUGGACGCAGAAGUUGAGAACGUCACCUCGGCCAGCGAGUUCGACAUUAAGAUGAACUUUAUUCCAAUCUUGACAGCUUUGGUCAAGGGAGCUCGAGCCAAUUAUCUCUCCAAGGCCGACAUCCAGCAGGCAACUCGAGCUCUGGUGAACCUCAACACCUACUUCCAAGAGUCACGUCACUGGUCGCAGGUCUGGAACAGCGAAGUGGUCAAGCAAAGCUGGCGAGAUCUGUGGCUCACUCAGGAGAUGCAAAAUGCCACGCCGUCUUCGGAAUGGCUGGACACUGAACUCCCUACUCUGGGUACACUCGAUGUUGCUUUGGAGCUUUGGUACCGCUAUCUGUUCAUCUUCUCCAUUCCCGUGCCAGACAAGAUCCCCGGCGUCUUCCAAGCGUCGCAUCACAGUGUCAGUGCAUCUUACGGUGUCGUCUGUAAGAUCAAGCGCAAGUGUACCCUGCAGAUUUGGGAUCACGCCAUCGCAUGGCGUGAGACUAACCUGUGUCUGUCAUCGGCUCUUUGCAAGCUUUCACCCUUUGUCCGAAACGCCCUUCUUGGUCUGAUGCGUAUCACGUCCGCUCUGACCCUUCACCAUGCGGAUAUCAUCCUACCAUGUGCAGACUUCUUCAACCCCGGUUGGGAAGUAGAGAUCGGCACCUGUCAAGGCACGAUCGAGCACCGCAAUACUUUCCGUCGCAAGGUUGAUCCUGUUGUCAACGGUAUCACCGACAUGCAAAAGUUCGCACCUGUCAAAGAGAUCAAGUCUGAGCGCCCAACUGUGACAAUGUUGUCUCACGUGUGGUAUGCCAAGGAUAUCAAGAUUGCUCUCCUCGCUGCCGAUAUUAUUAUCAACCAAUGGAAGUUCGACGACUACCAUCUCGAUAUUUACGGUGCCAUUGACAAAGCCCCGACAUACUCCACAGAGUGUCAAGAGAUCAUCGCUUCCAAGGGUCUUCGUGGACGCGUUACAUUGCGAGGAACCGCCGACCCCAUGAAGGUGCUGGAGAACACCUGGCUCUUCCUGAACUCCUCUCUGUCCGAAGGACUCCCACUGGCGCUGGGUGAAGCAGCUUUGACCGGAGCGCCCGUGGUCUGUACAGACGUCGGUGCCUCCCUGCGUGUGCUCAGCGACCCUGAUGACUUCUCGCGCUUCAGUGCCGUCGUCGCCCCCAACGAUGCCCACGCGCUGGCCAAGGCUCAAAUCUCCUUGCUCGGUAUGCUUGGAGAAUGGAGCAAGUACAGCGAUGACACCGAGCCUGCCCCUGUUUUGACCUCAGCACCCACCCGGGAAGAAGUCGAGGCAAUCACACGACGCAUGUACACCAAGAGUGAGCAGCGUCGCAAACUGGGAAUGAUGACGCGCAAGAUCGUGCAAAAGUCCUUUAGCGGUGACCGAUACCUGCGUGAGCACGAGCAGAUGCUCUGGAUUGGCAAGUCCGCCAAGAUGAUGGCCAGUCGCGCUGCAGGUGACCCCGUUGAGCCUUCGGACAUUGCAGCUGCCGUGAACAACACCACAGUGGACGAGGAAAUCAUCACGAUCCCCCGAAGCGCAGUUCAUUCCUGGCGCUCGUCCGCGGCAUCCAAUAUGUCCGACGUCUACAGCUCCGUCUCCAAUUUCCCUCUGCGGGACAUGCGUUCGCACUCGCGCGGCGUAUCCAACCUAUCUGCUGUCAGUCUCAGCCAGCUCUCUCUCUCCACAGAUACCGAGUCGUUCGCGCGUCUCCCCGUUUUCGCUCCUCGCCAGACUCUUCUCCCCAAUGUCAGCUCGAGCGGCCGCCAAUCCCCCGGCCUUGUGCCCCCACAAAACUUCCGAGUCUCCUUUGGAGGACAGCAACGGCCUCAAUCCUUCGCUCGGUCCAUCUCAACGGCUGGCCGUGAGCAAGUACGAGGACUGCAUCGGGAAGACUUGAUGCAGUACCGCAAUUCUGACGUCAGUCUGAACAUGCGGGAGGACUUCCUUCGAUCUCACCAUGCCUCCAUCCAAUAG